UGCUCACGUGGCUCGUGUAUUGUUCGGGUGGCAGUACUGUGUACUGUGCAUUUAUUUAUACUAUCAUUGUCGUCUGCUAACAGUUCGCCAGUUCACAAGCUAGCAAGGCGCAGUAAACAUGGAGACAGGUAUUACAACGAAUUUUCUUACAGAUUUCGGCACACUGGGAGGUUUUUCUGGGAUAUAAGUCAGACUUCAAGAUAAAUGAGUGACUAAAUCGAAAGUGUUCAACGUUUUCCAUAAGGACCAUCUAGGCAUAUACCUUACAACAUGCCGUCAAACUCCGACAGCGUAAAGGUGGCCGUCCGAGUCCGGCCAUUCAAUCAGAGAGAGCGGAAUGCUGGAUCCAAGUGUGUGAUUUCUAUGAAUGGAAAUUCUACUACCAUAACAGAUCCCGACUCAGGGCAAACAAAAGCAUUUUCAUUUGACCACUCCUACUGGUCACAUGACGGUUUCACUGAGACCAAGGAUGGAGUCUACAUGCGUGAAGCUGACCACUAUGCUGACCAGAGACAGGUGUUCAGUGACCUUGGAAAAGGUGUGCUUGAUAAUGCAUGGCAGGGCUACAAUGCUGCCCUUUUUGCUUAUGGUCAAACAGGGUCAGGGAAGAGUUACUCAAUGAUAGGAUAUGGCCCCAAUAAGGGGAUUGUCCCCAUCACAUGUGAGGAACUGUUCAAGGUCAUAGAAUCCAACAAAGACAAGGACAAACAGCUACAGGUAUCGUUCAGUAUGCUGGAGAUAUACAAUGAGAAGGUGAGGGAUCUAUUGGUGAAGAGCAAAGCAGAGACGGGUGGUCUCAAGAUUCGACAGGACCAAAAGGCAGGAUUCUAUGUAGAGGGAUUAAAACAUGUGCCUGUGCGUAACUACAAGGAAAUAGAGAAGUUGAUGGAACAGGGUACAGUGAACCGGACAACUGCUUCAACCAACAUGAAUGCUACCUCAUCACGGUCUCAUAUGGUCAUCACCAUACGCUUCAACCAGGUGAUAAUGGGAGCUGAUGGCAAAAGCAACACCAGGAGCAGUGAUAUCAAUCUGGUGGACCUGGCAGGGUCAGAGAGGAGUUCGUCCACUGGUGCUACAGGGGACAGGCUGAGGGAAGGGUCGGCCAUUAACCAGAGUCUGUCCACUCUAGGGAACGUCAUCAGUGGGACAGAGAUCCUGAAACUUUUCACUGAUGAUGUAGUCUUUAAACUUUUCACUGACGAUUCAUCACUGUUCACAAAAAAUAAAUCAUGCAUCUGUUUAUCGCAGUUAUUGUUGCAUUUUAAGAAUAAAUGUGUACAUAUUUCGGUGUUACAGAUAGCGGCUCUAAGCCCAGCAGCUAUGAACUACGACGAGACCCUUUCUACUCUCAGAUACGCCGACAGGGCCAAAAGAAUUCAGAAUAAGGCUGUGGUGAAUGAGAGUCCCACAGAGAGGCUGAUCCGUGAGCUGAAGGAGGAGAAUGCAAAGCUCUUGGCUUUGUUGUCUAAAGAGGGUAGCGGCGGGCCAGACACCUCGGAAGAACUACAGAGAAUGUUACAGGAAAAUGAGCGCCGGAUGAAAAACAUGAACCUGUCAUGGGAACAGCGACUAGAGCAAGCAAGAAAGGAGUGGGAGAAAUCUGUCAGUGGUGGCGACGACCAAAAAAAACAGGAGUUUGAAAACAAACCUUACAUAACCAAUAUCAAUGAGGAUCCUCAGCUAUCUGGCAUAAUCAAACACUGCUUCAAUAAAGGAAAGACAGUGAUAGGAAGAACGAAAGCAGGAGAUGACAAUGUCCAACUCCGAGGUCUAGGCAUACAACCAAAACAUGCCAUCAUUUACCACACCGGCUCAAAACUAUAUAUUGAACCAGCAGAGAAAUCAGCACUGGUGUUCGUGUCAGGUCACAGGAUCAGGGAAAAGUCAUGUCUCGGUCACCUGGACCGUAUCCGGCUUGGUUCAUCCUGCCUGUUCUUGUAUGUUGGCUUACAUGAGGAGCGGUCCUCUAGUGACCAGGUGGACCAGUAUAACUAUGAUUACUUCAUGAUGGAACUGGCCGAGCAUGAGGGAGUUACUGUGGACCUGCAUACUCCCCGCGCCAAUGAGGCUGUCGACCAGGCGUCCACUGGGCGUGCCCUAGAGGAGUAUGUAAGGCUAUUGCCACUUAUAUCUGAAGCCAAUGCCAUCAGUGAGGAGUUAUCAAAGACUGCCCAUUUUGAUGCAGAGAUCAAAAGUGAAGCCAGUCACGACCCUAUGGGUAAAGCAUCAGGUCGAGAGGUCAUCGUUAGAGUAACUGAUACUAAGACAAAGAAGAUCUGGAUGUGGUCCUGCGACAAGUUCCUGCACAGGAAAGACUUGAUGGAUGACCUCUACAGCCAAUUUAUUGACGACAGUUCCCUCAAUGUGCCCAAAGAGAAAGACCCGUUCUGGGAUCCAGUGGAGGACAUUUUCCUUGGAAGUUGCCACAUUCUGCUCCAAAGUCUGUCGUAUGGUCUAGAGGUAGAUGAGCACUUCACCCUCCACAACUACCAUGGGAAGGAGGAGGGGGUCAUGCACGUCCAGCUGCUCCCGUGUGAUGCUAAAGGUCGGCUCCUCAGUGAGGAUGAUAGCAUCUAUGAACCAGCAGAAUUACUGGGCCAGUCAUUCCAUCUGUCGGUUCUCCUGAACCAGUACAUGGGGGUACGCUGGAACAAGGAAGACAGAAGUAGAGGCGUUUACUGCAGGUACAAAUUCUUUGACAGCAAGGUGUUAAUCACAGACACGCUGUGGGGUAGGAGCUCUGCAGAAGUUGACUACAGAAAGGACUUUGUAUACAGAAAGUUUACAGAAGACUUCCUUAAUUAUCUCACUUCACAGUCUCUGGUCCUAGAACUCUGGGGCAAACAAGGUGGGGAUAAAGUGGAGGGAGUCAUGGAGCUGACCAAUGGUCACACCAAUGGAAACGUAGAAGUGGAUGAUGAGAUGUUGAAAAUGACACACCAGAUGGAGUACUUGAAGGUGGAAUGUGACGACUUGAAGAAGGAAAACUUCAAACUCAAGAAAACUGUUGACACACACAAGCAAGCAUUGGAGAUGAACAAGGCUAGGCCCAGGAGAGGCAGUAUAGUAGACACAGAGAAAAAACGUCCUGUUACAGAGGGCCCUACUAAGGCCGUGGGGCUGGAUGUGGACCUAGCCAAGGCACUCAAAGUUUUCUUUAAGGAUGUGAGAGGUGUGCAAUUACAGGUGAAGGAGAUGAGACAACAAGUGAUGGAUGUGAAUCAGGACCCUAGACAGAAUGGCAACCUAAAGGUGGCACUAGAAAAACAGGACAAAGGACUACUUGAUAUUGACAGUCAUCUUGCCACAUGUGUACAGAACCUUAAACAAACUGUAUCCUCCACACUGAAAAAGAGCAAGAGCUAGCACAACUCUGAUCAGUGCUAUCAUUACCACUGGACCUCAUCCUUCAAACUUUCAGCCAAAGGAUAUACAAGAGUUUUGAUGACACUGAUCAGCGGCAUGUAUUCUGAGAAAUUUGCUUGUCCAGAUCAAAGCUUUACUGCAGCAUCCUUACCUUGUCAAUGCCUGUUAGCCAAACCACUUGUAUUGUUCGCUAUGCCAGAUAAGAGGAGUGAAUAUGGUGUUGUUAUCUUGUUAAAGCUGCACUCUUCCUCUUCGAUGUUGCAUAGGAUAUUAUACAAGAGGUGAAAAUAAUACAUGUUUACAAUCAGCAACAUUCAUCAUGUCUAUUACCCAUAAUAACCAUUGUUCCCUGGUGGGUAUAGGUAGUGCCAUCUGUGGGGAAAUGUCUACCAUACUGUGAUGAUUGGGAGUAAGGUUGAUACAUAGAGAAGGUUAAAUGUUAGGCAGGAUGUUUUUACACUGCCUACUCAGCACGACUGCCAUAAAACACUGUUAUUGGGUAUCUGGAAGUGUUAUAAGUUGAAACUCGUAUAUCUGUCCUAAGACCAGUCUAUAGUGAUGCCACUGGACAUUUCACACAAUUGUCUGAAGACUACUGAGUAUCACGAUGAUACAAAAGAUACGCCACACAUCAAUCGUAAGGUUAGUGUAAUUAUAUUGUGGAGUGGUAUACUUCUUUACUCAGCAAAACUGCCCUUGGACCAAUCUAAAUGUCGAGUGCCAUGAAAACAUGUAUACUCGGCACAACUGUGGUCAGAUCACACUCUACUCGGCACAACUGUCGUCAGACCACACUCAAUAUGUAGCAGUGUACUGACAUGUAAAGUCCACCCUUGGUGUGUAGUGGAGUGUUAACUUAAAUAGAUGAUGCUCCAUUCAUCUUUUCGCAGACCAUUGGAAUGUCACUGAUGCAUCACAUCAAUGUUGCGAACCCUUUGAAGAUCAAAUCUCUACUGCAUGGGUUGCCAAUAUAAAUCAAGAAUCCCUAUACAUGAAAAUGCUCAUUCAUCAAAUAUGAUAAAUCCGUCCACUAUUUAUUGCAAAUAAAAUGUUUAUAAAAC